AUGGCGGACAACGAGAAAGCCAAGGCCGAGAGAUUGGCCGCGGCCAAGAAACGCGUCGAGCAAAUGAAAAAACAGAAAGCCAAACAAGGCAAGGACAAGAAAGACAAGGCGGGCAGCGCGGCAACGGAGGCAGCUGUUGAGAGCAGCGACAAGGACGGCAAGAAGCCAGACGACAAGGAUGAAAAGGACGAGAAGGAAGAAGACAAGCCGAGCGAAAGCUCCAAGGACAAUGGUGACAGCGAUGAGGUCGAUGAGGACGACAAUGAUGCUACCGCCUCAGCACCAACAUCGCCCAAGCCCACUGUCGCAGCCGCAAAGCCCGAACAUUCGCACCUGCGCUCCACGUCCUUCCGUUUCGGUUCCUCCGGGCCGCUGAGUCCCAGCGCGGAAUCGGCUGCAGACAUCUACCGCAAGCAGGCUGCGCGCAUCGAAGAGCUGGAAACGCAGAACAAGCGCCUCAGCAAGGACGCGACCGACGCCGAGAAGCGCUGGCGGAAGGCCGAGGAAGCGCUGGCAGACGUGCGCGAUGGAUCGUCUAAUGCCGACUCGUCCAGCGAGCUCGCCAAAUUGAAAUCCGAACUGGCCGGCCUGCAGCGGCAGAACGCACAGCUCCAAGUCCGCUCUGCACCCCGCCAUGGAGCGUCGCCCUCGAUCAGCACCUCGUCGCCGUCCAUAACGGAGCUCGAGGCGCAGCUGCGGUCCAAGUCGGAAACGAUCGAGAACAUGGAGCUGGAGGUGUCGCGGCUGCGGGCCCACGUCGAGCGGCUGUCUGCGGGCGGCGAAGGCGGCAGCGACGAACCGUCAGGGAAGAGACAGGACCAGGUCUCGGCGCUGGAGGAGAAGCUGGCACGGGCUGAAAAGGCUGCCGGCAGCGCACAGCGCGAGCUGGCCGAGCUCAAGCGAAAUCUCGAUCGAGCGUCCGAGAAGGCGGUGCGAGAGGGCAGCGCGCGGACGAGCGCAGAGACCAAGCUGCGGGCGGUCGAGAAGGAGAUGGAGGAGCGCACGGCUGAGUGCGAGGAGCUGUCGCGCAAGGUCGAGGCGCUGGAAAAGAAGGUGGCAACGCUUACGACGCUGCACAAGGAGCACGACGCGCGCACGCAGGCCCUGCGGCGCGACAAGGAGCGCAUCGACCACGACCUGGGCGAGGCACGGGCGCAGGUCGAGCGGCUCGAGACCGAGAACCUGAAGCUGCGCAAGCGAGAGGCACAGGACAGCGGCGGCACGGACAACGACCACCUAGACGAGCUAGAAGACGAAGAGCGAGAGCGGCUGGAGCGGCGGGUGCGGACACUCGAGGCCGAGAACGCAGAUCUGCGACACGGCAUCUGGCAGGACCGACGAAAGGAGCUACAGCUGGGACCAGACGAGGGUGGCAGCGCGGCCAAGACUCGCAAGUUCAGCGACGUCGAUCUCUCGCCGGCGGCCGGCAAGAAGAGUGCCAGCGGCGGCAUCGGAGAGUUAUUCACAGCGCUCACAGGCGUAGGUGGUCACGACCAUCAGGGACACCAGGGACACCAGGGACACCAGGGUCACCAAGGUCAUCACCACCAGCACAGCGCCACCGACGAAGACGGCUUCCUCGACGACGAUGACGACAUGGACUUUGACGAAGAGGCCUUCCGGCGAGCACAGGAAGAAGAGGCACGCAGCCGGCUGGAACGUGUGCGGGAAGCCAAGAGGGCCCUCAAGAACUGGGAAGGCUGGCGGCUAGACCUCGUGGAGAGCCGACAGGGCGGCACGGAGGGCAUCGGUCCCAUUUUCGAUGUCUGA